AUGGAUAGAAGGUCUGCUAGAAUAAAAGCAGAGUUAGAAAGAUAUGGUUGGAGAGUUUCAAAGAAGUUUAAAUAUAGGAAGGGAAGACCCAUAAAAGUCUAUGACAAAUUGUCUGGUCUUCGCUAUGAAAUGGACUUAGAAACAGCACGCGCAAAUUAUCCAAACAGAUUAGAGAGGUUAGAAGAAGAACGUCUUAUGGACAUGCCUUUCGAUGUUAGUGAGCCUCAAGUUGAAGGACACGACGGCUUUGCCAGAUUCUACUGGAAACAUGACGAACAAUUGCAUCCUUUGAGAAGGAAAAAAGGAAAAGGUGAAGACAAACAUGCUCCCAUGGAAAGAACAAGAUAUGCAUAUGAAAAGUACCGUGAAGUUAGAAGUCAAAUUACAUCUGGUCGAACCUUUACAGUAAACUUUGACGAAGGAAAGAACAAAGAAGGCUUCAUGGGUGUACUUGCUGCCAUACAAGAUGGAAAUAAGAAAGGAUACAAUCUCAGAUUGACCAUAACAGAUUUGGAUGGUCACAUUUACUAUGCACAUGGCAAUGUCACAACAGCUGCAAUGCUUCUUGACGCUUUCAAGACUACAAAGAGAGAACAAAUGGUUGACUCCGACUCAGACAUUUUGAAUGCAAUUGAAGGAAUUGCAAGUGUAAAAUUUGAAUGGUACCAACCGAACCCUCAAGCAGUCAGACAACAUGCUGGAUACUUCCCGUUCAUAAAUAAGUCUGACAUUGACUUGACAAGGUAUGGAAUUUACAAUUCAAUUGAAACAAUUGUCAAUGAACCUUGUAUUCUUACAUGUCUCAGGAACUCUGGUCUUGUUACAGAUGAGAAAAUGAAGUAUCUUGAGUCAU